AUGAACGCCACGAAGCUGGUGGAUGCCGCCAAGCUGGUGCUAGCCAAGGUGCCGGAUUUGGUCAAAGGGAUCAGCUGCCCUGGUCGGUGGAACACACUCCUGUCAACCCAAGCUGUGCUGGCGAUCGCACUGAGUGGCACGGCCUACGCGACCCUGGCAUCAGCACUGUGGUUUGCCUGUUACCUGUGGCUUCCACCGCACCAAAUGCAGAUUCGACGGGACAUCAAGUGCUUGACACUGACCGUGCCGGCAUUCCUUGCACUGCCACUGGGCAUUCUGGUUCCCCAGCAUGUUGCGCGGAGGCUGCGCCUGCGUUGGCACGUGUCAUUCCCCCAACACUUGCAGCAGGUGAUGCAGUGUGGCAUGCAUUGGGUCGAGCCCCCGCACGCGAUUCUCCCACGCGGCUGCGGAACAUACUUGAGCCGGGAGGAACAGCAACAUCGCCUCGAGUACUACCUAUCCGCACUCGUCCUCUUGAUGUCCGCCUCCUUCCUGAUAGGAUUGGUGCUCACGGGACUCGGCCGAGGCCUUCGCGCGAUCCUCCUAGGCUGCCGCGCCCGCUCCCGUGAGGUUUCUAGACCAUGCGAAUACGAUCGGGUGCCUGACGAUUCUACUUCUGAGCCAGAACGGGAGGCAGGCUGGCAAGUGACAUGUUAUGCUGGUGCAUUUCACAUCUUUUGUGCAAGCUUAUCUCUCUUGGCAAUGGCGACCGGCCGCUUGGACGACGGCUUGUGUUGGGAGUUCUGGUUGCUCUGGGCCAUCAUUGUGUUGAGCAUCUCCUUGGUCCAAUGUCUCUACUUCACCGUUUUCCUUCCUACUGGAGCCCUGGUCCCAAUAUUCGCACUGCCAAUGGUGACCCCCCUGCUGCCAAUUCUGGGCGAGCCCCUGGACACGUUUAAAGACUGGCUCUUCGUUGGCUUAGCGAUGUCACGGAGGACCUGGCCUGGCAUCUUGAUGGCUGGCAUGGGUGUUGGCAUUCUGUGCCUCUCCAACAGGUACGUGAGGACUCACCACCCCCAAGAACUAGCCAGAGGUCUUCUGCCGGUUUGGGCAGCCUGCCGCGACGCAAGGCGAGAUGAGAGCUUCUUGGCCAAGAUGACCUCGCAAGGAAAAUUUGCCAUUGCCGUCACAGAGGACCUGCCACAGGCAUGCUUGCAGUCCCUCUUCGUGCUGAUGUAUGGAGGUUCCGUCACGCAGUACUUGUUCAUCGUGUUUGCAUUGCUCAAGGCCCUGGCCUGCUUAUUGUUGAGAGCCACCAUCAUGGAGAGGGAGGCGCGCUUUCGCGACGCCUACGAGGCCAUGGUGUUGUACUAUGAGCUUGUGCGGUAUGUGGCAAGCACUCUCGGAGGGAGGCACAGCGAUUUCGCCCUCCGAAACCAGUGCAAACAUGCGAUGGCUUUGCACCGGCUCGGUCGACAUGCCGAAGCACUGGAGUUGCAGCAGGAGGUGUUGGCUGUGCGCCGGAAGCCUGCAGGGCUUCCUGGGCGAGAGACACUGAAAGUUCAAGGGGAGCUCGCCGUGUCACUUGCAAAUCUUGGCCGCCAGGCUGAAGCCCUGGCACUUCAGCGGGAGGUGCUCGCCACACAGCAAAAAGCCAUGAAGCCCCAUGAUGCAGACGUGCUGUGGACUCAGGGCGACAUCGUUAUGUCACUUUCGGAGCUCGGACACCAUGCCGAAGCUUUGGAGCUCGCGCAAGAAGUGCUGGCUGCGAGGCAGCCGGACCCAGGACCGGCUCAUGCGGACACGCUGUGGACUCACGGGCAAGUGGCCACGUUGCUGGCAAAGCUUGGACGCCCCAGGGAAGCUCUCCAAGCUCAGGAGAGGGUGUUGGCAGCUCAAGAAGAAGCCCUGGGGCGAAUGCACCCAGAUACACUUUGGACCCGGGGUGAGCUGGCAGCGUCGCUGUCGAAGCUCGGCCAGCAUUCUGACGCGUUGCGGCUGAAGGAAGAAGUGCUGGCUGCGCGGAAGCAGGUGCUGGAUCCCGCUCACCCCGACACGCUGUGGAGUGAGAGCCAGCUGGCUGCGUCGCUAUCGGAUCUUGGCCAGCAUGCUAAAGCACUGGAGCUUCAAGAGAAGGUGCUUGCCGCACGGCAGUUGGCCUUGGGGCCCUCUCAUUCAGCCACGCUGAAGACUGAGGGCAAGCUUGCUGUGGCACUUGCAAACCUGGGCCGUUAUUCCGAGGCAUUGGAUGUACAAAACAAGGUGCUGGCAGCUCAAGAACAGGUCCUGGGCCCGACUCACCCAGAUACACUUUGGACGCAAGGCGAUCUUGCAGUGUCGCUGUCGAAACUCGGCCAGCAUUCUGACGCGUUGCGGCUGAAGGAAGAAGUGCUGGCUGCACGGAAGCAGGUGCUGGAUCCCGCUCACCCCGACACGCUGUGGAGUGAGAGCCAGCUGGCUGCGUCGCUAUCGGAUCUUGGCCAGCAUGCUAAAGCACUGGAGCUUCAAGAGAAGGUGCUUGCCGCACGGCAGUUGGCCUUGGGGCCCUCUCAUUCAGCCACGCUGAAGACUGAGGGCAAGCUUGCUGUGGCACUUGCAAACCUGGGCCGUUAUUCCGAGGCAUUGGAUGUACAAAACAAGGUGCUGGCAGCUCAAGAACAGGUCCUGGGCCCGACUCACCCAGAUACACUUUGGACGCAAGGCGAUCUUGCAAUGUCGCUGUCGAAACUCGGCCAGCAUUCUGACGCGUUGCGGCUGAAGGAGGAAGUGCUAGCCGCACGGAAGAAGGUUCUGGGCCACGCUCACCCCGACACGCUGUGGAGUGAGAGCCAGCUGGCUAUGUCACUAUCGGAUCUUGGCCAGCAUGCUAAAGCAUUGGAGGUUGAAGAGGAGGUGCUUGCCGCACUGCAGUUGGUCUUGGGGCCCAAUCACCCAGACACGCAGCUCGCGCAGGACAGAGUCGACCAACUCCUUGCACAAUCUGAAAACAAGGACGCGCUUAAUCUCUGA